AUGGCUUCCGAUGUCCCCUCGCGAUCAUUUUUUGCUCGACUUCAGCACGGCGCAUCAGGCUGGAGAGGUGCAAUUACAACCGGCCUUUCCUUGGCCAUCUCAGUCCUUGUGGUGAAUUUGUCUAUGACAGUAUGGCUCAUGCAUAGAGCCCAUAGUUCUUCCAUAUCUGAUGAGGUCUCCAUUUACGAAGGGUCUUGUGGUCAGUCGAAGCGACUGUCUUUCUGGACACAUCUUGCGAUCAAUAUCCUCAGUUCCUUGCUUCUCGGAUCGAGCAAUUAUGCCACUCAACUCCUCUGUGCGCCCACUCGAGCGGAAGUCGACGAGGCACACAGGAAGCAGAAAUGGCUGGAUAUUGGACUUUGGAGCUUCAGGAACUGGAAAAAGGUCGGAACUGGACGGAAUGUCCUCUGUACCCUGCUGCUGGUGAGCAGUAUCCCACUUCAUCUCCUAUACAAUUCUGUCUUCUAUUCGCGCCUUGCUGUAACAGAUAUCAUGUGGGGUGUAGUCACGCCUGCGUUCAUCGAUGGCAACUAUACCUAUCCCUCAGAGCUUGUCAAUAUGCAGUACGGCAUUGGCCCUCGCAAGUUCAUAUAUGAUAUGCGGCAAGAUAUACUAUCAUGGGACAGAAUCUCACCAGAAGACUGCUGGAAUGCUUACUCAAGGAGGUUCUUGACCGCGAGGAGAAGUGUCAUCGCGGUCUCCUCGGUCUACCGCGACAACGGCUUCGAGGGUCCCGACUUGGUAGUUCGCGAUUAUGAUCGCAGAUGGGCGUAUGAAAAAGGACAAACGAUGAGGUUUCUGUGCAAUUCAGUGGGCUGUGACAUCGGCGAGCGUUCCAAAGCACAACUAUCGACCGUGGACUAUUGCCUGAGCGAACCGUGGCCAGAACGCUGCGAGUUCAACUUCAGUCCUUCGCUGAUGACUGCUGUCAUUGUCUGCAAUGUUAUCAAGAUUCUCUGCUUGAUUCUGAUUUUGUGGCGGCACCGUACCAGCACGCUUGUCACGACAGGAGAUGCGAUUGCGUCUUUUCUCGACAAUGCGGACCCGUCAACGAAAGGGUAUUGCUUGCUGUCAAGAGAUGAUGUUGUUUCAGGGAAGUGGACUCAGGGCGAGGCGGCUCCUAUUUGGUACUCGAAAUCAAAAUUACGUUGGUAUCAUGCUGCUAGCACUGGGAGAUGGUGGUUUUGUUACGGACUUAGCUCCGCAGUUCUCAUAACCUCAGUUGCAUUCUUUAUUGUUGGCACCAAGUCGGUCCCAAAUUCUCAGCUUCCACUUAUGAAAUAUUUGUGGUCCCUCGGGUUUGGCACAGCAAUGCCAGAGGCAAUUGUUGCGGUAGAAGUGGAAGGCUUCGCCGCGAAUGUCCUAUUCGCCAAUUUCCCACAGCUUAUUCUCUCGUUCCUUUAUCUUACGUACAAUGGCCUGUUUACGAGCAUGCUUGGAGCAGUAGAGUAUGGUCGAUUCUCUCAACAUCGCAAGGGACUGCGAGUAUCGUCGAAGCCGGAAGGAGUACAACGUUCAUCCUACUACCUCCAACUUCCAUACACAUACGGCAUUCCCCUCAUCACAAUAUCGAUUGUUCUCCAUUGGCUAGUCAGUCAAAGCUUAUUUGUCGUCCUGAUACAUAUCAGCAGAUGGACGGAACUGAAAAAGUACCAGGGUUUUGGCUACAAAGAGAAUUUGACUGCGUCUGGUUACUCGCCAAUUGCUCUCUUCUUCGUCAUUCUGGUUUCGACUCUUACUCUGAUAGGGGGAAGGAUAUUUGGUUGUCGACGCUUACCAGGAGAUAUUCCGCUUGCUGGCGGAUGUAGCGUGGUAAUCAGCGCCGCUUGCCAUCCAGAUACAACGAGAGAUGGGUAUCCGGGGGCGCACUCUACUUCUGAGGUCCAAUGGGGCGCUAUAUCCGCCAGACAGUCCCCAGACUCGAAAGUAGUCUCUAAGGUGCCAGGGGACAAUGAUACAGGCUUGUUGAUGAUCACCGAAUGCGACUUGGCACUCCUUGGAGACUCCCGAAGUUUGGGGCAUUGUAGCUUCAGUUCCGAUUCUGUUGAAAGUCCUGAAAAGGGCAGUCCCUACAAGUAA